UCGUAGUCCAUCUCUUUCGAUCUCAUCCUUAAUUAAUUUCCGUCCCGAUCGAUCGAUCUAGCUAGCUGAAAAUUGGAUUAGUGUCACAGCAGAUCAGGAUUCAGGCAUCAGAGAUUCAUUCAGAGAUGGGUUCUCUGAUGGCUGGCUGGAACUCACCAGUGCUUGGUGAUGAGAAGAAAGUUCGGCUGAUGAGGAACCGUUCGCUGACCAGGGAGGAGGUGGCCGCGUUCUGGAGGCGCCAGCAGCAGCAGCAGCAGCGGAAGCCGCCGCCGGAGGAUCACGACGGCAACGGCAGCAGCUCGCCGCUCUCCUCUCCUCGCGCCGCCGCCGCCGGCAACGUCUCGCCGCUCUCCUCGCCCCGCGCCGGCGACAUGUCGCCGCUCGCCUCUCCCGGCGGCGGCCGCGCGCAGCAGGAGACGAGCCGGUGCCCGUUGAGGAGGCUGGAGAGGCUGAGCUCGAUGCCGUCGCCGCUGGCUCGCACCGUGAUGACGAGGGCCGACGACUGCCCGUACCAGUCCUACUCCCACAGCGAGCCGCCGUCGCCGGCGGCUCCUCACCAUGAUCGUCAGCGGCCGUUCGCCGACCAGCACGACGACGACGACGACGACGGCGCCAGCACCAGCAGCGAGUGCUGGUGGACGCGGAGCAGCUGGGCGUUCCUGAACGAGACGCCGUCGCUGGAGCAGCAGACGUUCGGCAAGUCGCAGACGUACGCCUGCGUUCAGUUCCACGUCUCCCGGGUCGUCACCGGCAACGCCUAGACAUCAUCGUAUAGUAAUUAGCCCCGUAGAUUAAUAUAGCUACUGGCUUACUGUACAUGUACUUUUGACGCUUGGGGUGUAGAUUAGAUUAUAUAUGUUACUAUACAAACUAAACGCAGUACAAUAUAUAUCACCACGCGUAUAUACCUGAGAGAGCUUUUAAUCCUUCAGCUCUCCGUAUAAAUACAUGAUACUGUACGUCAUGCAUGUGUACAUACACCUCUCCUAGCUAGCUAAGGUGUGUGUUGUAAUUUAAAACCCUUUGCACUGUUUUUUUCCUUUCUUUUUUUUGCCCCUCAUGAAUUUCUCCCUGCAGGGGCGUGCAGUGUGUUUUCCUUUUGUGUAUGCAGUUCAAAGUUUAAAUGUUGUAUAAUAUACA